AUGGCAGAUUUUGGAAAGAACCUCCAUCGGGACAUGGUUUCUCAGCUGCAUAAUUUUGCCGCUGUUGGAGAUGCAGCCAAACUGAAAGAGUUGCUCAGUCAUUCACCAUCACUUAUCAAUGCAGCUGGAGAUAACGGCUGGACAGCCCUGAUGUAUGGUGCCAGAAAUGGACACUUCAAGGUUGUGCAGAUUCUCCUUGAAGAAGGGUGUGACAGGUCCAUUGUUAAUAAAUCAUGGCAGACAGCUCUGGACAUUGCUAAAUUUUGGGGAUACAAGCACAUAGCUAAUUUGUUGGCUAAUGUGAAGGGUGGGCAGACACCUAAUUUUCUGUCAAACAAAGUGAAAGAAUAUGAAAAUUAUUUUGGCUUGACACUUCUGGACAGAAGGACUGAUAAAAGAACAGAUUCCAAGUGGCUAAGCAAAAAACAAAGCCAUCCAACUACAGUAUACAUCCUCUUCUCAAAUCUAAGUCCUUUGGUUACUUUGAGUGGGGGAACAGAGAGCUCCCAGCAGUCAGAAGUAAAGCUUUGCAGGCUGUACCACAAGGAUGUGGAGCAGUGCAUGAACCAAACAGAAGAAAGCACCUUGAUUUUCCUUGGAGUUGAACUUCAGUUCCACAUGAACCUGCUGGCUGCUUGCAAUGGACGUGUUCUGCAAGAAGAUGAAGAGGAUGGGUUAGUUGCUUGGUUUGCUCUUAGUGUAGAUUCUGCUUCUGCUGAGAAAUUUAAACAGAAGCAUGAGGACUGUUACUUUCUUCAACCACCAAUGCCAGCACUACUGCAACUACCUGAAAAAGAAGCUGGAAUAGUAGCCCAAGCUAGAUCUGUUCUUGCUUGGCACAGCCGCUACCGAUUCUGCCCAACAUGUGGGAGUGCAACCAAGAUUGAAGAAGGAGGUUACAAAAAAACUUGCUUAAAAGAAGAGUGUCCCAGUCUCCAGGGUGUUCACAACACAUCAUAUCCAAGAGUUGAUCCUGUUGUGAUAAUGCAAGUCAUCCAUCCAGAUGGGAACCACUGUCUCUUAGGUAGACAGAAGAGGUUUCCCCCAGGAAUGUUUACCUGUCUUGCUGGAUUUGUAGAACCUGGUGAAACAAUAGAAGAUGCUGUUCGAAGAGAAGUAGAAGAGGAGGUGGGAGUCAAAGUUGGCCAUGUUCAGUAUGUCUCUUGUCAGCCAUGGCCAAUGCCCUCCUCCCUAAUGUUUGGCUGCUUAGCUGUUGCAGUGUCUACAGAAAUUAAAGUUGACAAGAAUGAAAUAGAGGAUGCCCGCUGGUUCAGUAGAGAACAGGUUGUGGAAGUUCUCAUUAAAGGAAAUCAGCGUUCGUUCUUUGUACCACCAAGUCGAGCUAUUGCGCACCAGUUGAUAAAACACUGGAUUGGAAUGAAUGCUAACCUUUGA